UUUAAGUUGAAUGAAAUUCCAUUUCCGCAUUCAUCAAACUCUUUCUCAUACUUCUCAACUCUUUUUGUUAAAGAGGACACCAAAGAACGAAAAGAUGGAAACCACGCAAAAUUUUGAAGUUUCAACUUUAUCGAGUCGCGAAACAAAUAAUAUUAUCUAUUUUCCUGACUUAGUAAAUCCUCCUUCAACAAAUACUUUUAUUAAUAAAAUAGAUAGUAUGGAUAUAGAUUAUCCUUUGGAAGAUGAAAAUGCUCUAGAAGAUUUUAUUAUUACUGAAACUCAAGGAUUUUUAGUUAAAUUAGAACGCGAACUUCGCCCUCAACCUCAAUUUUAUGCUUUAACUGGACCAGGAACUCAUCCAGGAUUUUAUGGUGCUGGCAAGUUUGAAACACCGGAUCCAGUUAUUGAAUAUAUUAGAAGUAAUUGUAGUCCAUUUAAAGAAAACGAGGAACAUAAAGAAAUAAUCGUUGAUAUAGAAAAUAAAGUUGAGAAAGAAUCCAAAAAAGAAAAGAAACAAGCUAAACAAACUAAAACUAAACAGACAAAAAUAACCAAUUUUACUAUAAAGUCUAAUAGAAAAUCUAAUUAUGAAGAAAAAUCUGAUAACAAUGGAGAAGCUUCUCAAAAAAACACUAGAAAGAAAAGUUUAUCAACAUCAGAGUCAUCCUCAAAGAAGAGAAUAAAGACUAAUUCAGGAGCCGAAGAUGAAGCGGCAAAAUUUCCAGAUGAUGAUAACUCUGAAAAUAAACGCGAUGUUGAAAGACCGAAAAAGAGUUCAGGCAACAAUAGAGGUCGACCAAAAGGUUCAUUGAAUAAAAAUAAAAAGGAUUCGAUUACAAAGAAUCGGAAAAGUGAAGUUGAUUCUCUUUCAACCUCUGGUUCGACUUCAACUUCGCCCAAAAAAUCAACUACGUCACCAAUGAUUCCCACAAGAGAAGGUGGUUUAGGAAUGAUAUUGAACACAGAUAAUUUUAUUGUCAAUACUGCAGCAACAAUGAGUUCUGCUAUGGCUAUUACGGCUUCUUCGCCCUGAACAAGAAAAUUGGUGUCACGUGACACAAACAAGUUUCUUCGAAUAAUAACGGAUAAACAUUCCACUUUAGUUAGAUCUUAUAGAUGAUUGAUGCAUAAUAAAAGAAUUAAAAUUUUAUUUUUGCUUCUUGCUAAAUAUUCGUAUUUCUCUCUUUUGUUGAUGUCAUGUGAUAAGAUAAAAUGCACCAUUACAUAAGUUUCAAUUUUUCCGAUAUAAUGGAAAACGAACGAGUUCAUUAAAAAACAAUACUUUAUAGAGGACGAAGAAAACCCUGCAUAAAAAAAUAUUUCAUACAAAUCAAAAAAAAAGGAUUUCACAAUGCUUUUCAAGUGUAACCAGCAUGAUUCUGAUUCAAUAAAAAAAAACCUUUUUAUUUAAUUUGUGAAAUAUAAAAUAUUAAACUUUUUCCGUCUUCAUUUAUUUCAUCCUUUACAAAGAAAAUAAAU